AUGGCAGCCAGGGGGGUUGCAACGAAGCACUGGUACAAGGAAAGGAGAGCCUGCCUCAGCGGGAGAGCUUGGGCCUGCCUGAUGUUUGAACAGGGGCGUCUGAUCGGUGUGAGCAGCCCGCUCAACAGCAGUGUCGGGGAGGCUGUGGAGACAGCCCCAAGGCAGGGGGCCAAGGGGUGGUCCCCUAUUCACCUCUGUUGCUUCCCCAACUCCAGAGUGACAGAGCUGGGCCUGGCAGUGGAGCGUCUUCAGAAGCAGAAUCUGGAGAAGGAUCAGGUCAACAAGGACCUCACCGAGAAGCUUGAGGCCCUGGAAUCCCUGUGGCUACAGGAGCAGGCGGCCCUGGAGACAGAGGAUGGAGAGGGGCUACAGCAGACCCUAAGGGACCUGGCACAGGCCAUCCUGUGCUAUGUUGAGAGCGGCGUCCAGCUGAGCGUCUCCAAGUGUCUCCGAGCCGAGAGCCUGCGGGGGGGGCUCUCGGGCCAGUGGACCCCGUCCCCACCGCGGCGCUCCUAGCCAGGCCGAGGUCGUU